AUGUGAGUAUAAGAGAAGACGGUUUAGUGACUGCAUUUAGCAACGAUCCAUCAGAUGAAAUAGGAAAUGAGCAACUGGCCAAAGAUGACAAGGCUGGAGAUGGUAUUAGAGUUGACAAUGGCACGGUGCAACAAGAACCAAAUGCAGCGACUCAAUUUGAUCCUGUUUGCGUCCCAACUAUCAAUGCAGUUAUGGUUCCUGUUAAAAAUUGUCUAAAUCAGCUCUCUCGGCGCAGUAACAUGUCAAUGUGGGCACUUGCAUGUGUUGCAAUCACUAUGACAUGGCCAAUUCUGGGCUUACUCUUUUUCAAGAGAAAACGGCGCCACAUUUUCUCCUCAUCCUCAGCCAAGAGAUGGCCCUGACUCUUUCUACUUCUACUACUAAUAUAUAAGUGACAAUAUGCUGGCAGCUUGAGGACAGCAUGCCCCUGCUUCAGCUGCUUCAAUCGUGAUUAUUGUCAUAAAUUUCUUUUAGUUAGUCAUUGAUGUUUUAAAUUAAUUUGACGACUUAUAUGGGGUUCAGUUAAAAAAAAUUCAAAA